AUGCAAAGAGGCCAAGAGAGUUUGUACGAGUAUUGGUCUUGGUUCAAGAGGCUAUUGGAAUCUUGUCCACACCAUGGAAUGAACACUCACUUGCUCAUUAGCUACUUCACCGGAGGCCUUUGUGUGGAAGAUAGAAGAUUGCUCACCGCUUCUAGUGGUGGUUCCCUUUCGGAAAACAAGACGGAGGGAGAAUCUUGGAAUUUGAUAAAGGAUGUUGCCGAAGCUACACAACAUACAAGGGUGAGAAGUGAUCCUCUCAAGGGUGUGGUAGAACCGUGCCCUUCUGAAUCCAACAUAACCAAAGAACAUGCCCUUGUAGUGGCUAAUGUGAAUUACAACAACUGUUCACCCUAUCCUUCUCAAGACCAAAAUAACUACCCUCAUGGUAGUAAUCAACAUCAAGGGUGGAGGGAUAAUGCACAAGGGAGCAAUCAAAACCAAAGAUGGAAUAACUCUUCUUCUCAUUACAACAACAACCAAUCUUCAUCUCAAUACCACCACAACAUUAACAACCACCAAGCUAACCAAAAUCACCACAACCAAAAUCAAAACAACUACACCAAAUACCAAGCACCACACCAUAGACAACAAUCCAACCAAUCCUCUUCAUCUUCCACUAAUCAAGUUGAUGAGCUUAGAGCUGUUGUGGAUAAAUGGGACGAGGGCUAUAAGGCUCAAUUCGAGGCCAUGAGUGCUCAAUUGGCCCAUCUUACCGACAUGAUUUCGAAGAUGUCCAUGUCCUCCUCCAACAACACCAACCAACCCUCAAGCUCUUCUAGCCUUCCUUCCCAACCCCAACCAAAUCCAAAGGGCGGUCUCAACGCCAUCACUCUACAGUCGGGGAGUACAUUGGAGGAGAUGCCUCCUAGGGUCAUGGAAGACAUUCAUGAGGUAGAGGUGGUCGUUGAAGCUCCACAUGAAGAGGGGGAGGUAGACAAAGGGCAUGAGGAGGAAGGAGUAAACCUUAAGGAACCCAAGAGGAAAGCUAUAGUGGAUGAGUUCAUUCCUAUUCCAUUCCCUUCCAUGGUGAAGAAAGCAAAGAAAACACCAGAAUUUGAUUUGAACAUGCUUCAAGUGUUCAAGAAGGUUGAGGUAACCAUACCACUUCUUGAUUAUAUUCAACAAAUUCCAAAGUAUGCAAAAUUUUUGAAAGACUUGUGUACACACAAGGAUAGGAUAGGAGAAUUGGAGACACUAUCCUUAGGUAGUUCAAUUUCUUCCUUGAUGGAACCUAUUCCAAAGAAAUGUGGUGACCCUGGGCUUUGUUUGGUGUUUUGUUGUAUUGGUGGACGCACUUUUCAUGAUUGUAUGUGUGACCUUGGAGCUUGUGUAAGCAUCAUGCCGCUUUCCAUCUUUGAGCGGUUGAAUUUAGCUCCAUUAAAGAAGUCGGCGGCAAAGUUUUCCUUAGCAGAUAAAAGUGUGAUCACGGUAACAGGAAUAGCCGAAGAUGUACUUGUGGCGAUCGAGGAUUUGGUUUUUCCGGUUGACUUUUACAUCCUUGAAAUGCCUCCAACAGAAAAUAGAAGCUCAUCCUUCGUUCUACUUGGUAGACCCUUCCUUAAGACCUCUAAAUUCAAGUUAGAUGCCUUCACCGGCAUAUAUUCCUUUGAGGUUAGAGACAAGACUAUCAAGUUCAAUUUGGAAGAAGCCAUGAAGCAUCCUCCCGAAGAGCAUUCUAUUCUCCGAUGUGAUGUAAUCGAUGAAAUGGUAGCGGAAGUGCGAGAAGAAGACCAUAACAAGUUGUGCUACCAUAUUGUUGAAGAGACGGAUGACCAAGAGGGUGAACAUGAGAAAGUUGUUGAGAAUAAACUCUGUGAGCUUGAUGAAAAGCUUGAGGCAAAGAUUGAAUUGAAGCCUCUUCCAUCUCAUUUAAAGUAUACUUUCUUAGAGGACAACCAAAAGUUUUCGAUCAUUAUUGCUAGUGAGCUUCCUAGUGAAGAAGAAGAAAAGCUCCUAGAUGUUCUCAAAAAGUACAAGAAGGCAAUUGGUUGGAUCCUAGCCGAUAUUGUGGGGAUUGACCCUCGCAAGUGCAUGCAUCGUAUAUUUCUCCAAGAGGGAGCUAGGCCAGUUAGGCAACCGCAAAGGACGCUCAACCCAACCAUCCUCGAUGUAGUAAAGAAGGAGGUCACUAGGCUACGACAGUAA